AGAAUAAAAUGAAAAAUGUAUUUUUAGGACAAUUUGUGGUGUUUAUCAACUGAAUAGCGCCGUCACAUGCAAUCAAACGCCUGUUUAUACGUUUUAAACACCAAUUUGUUGCCAAUUCUUAUCAUUCAUAUCGCAGAUAUUGUGGCGAAAAGUUAAUCGAGAAUUAAGUUUUGUUUUCUCGACUAAAACAAGGUUUUGCUUCAAAUUUGUUUACUAUUAAUGUUAUCAUUCGGCGGAAAAGUGGGGAUUCAUAAAGAUUUCAAUCAUUGAAACUAAGAAAACACUUGUCUUUCCAUCAGAUUUUGAUUUUAAUUAUACUUUUCUAACUUUAUUUUGUUGAAUAUUUCUUCCGUUAUUAACUGUAAAAUAAAUUCCGAUAAGAAUUUGUUUAACAAAUGGCAAACAAUUCGGACAAUAAAGAGACUGAACAGCAAGUGGUGACCAAAGAGGAGACGGCCAGCGAUACAGUCGCCGCAGUGUCUGCAGAACCGGUGCCACAAAAUGUUGAACAAAAACCUGAAUCAGAAUCGGCGGCCACUGUUGCCGAACCCACACCUCAACCCAUAGAUGCCUCGCAAACAACUGCAGCGGAAGUGACACAACCGGCACCCGAAGCACAGGAACAACAGUCAACGCCAGCGCCUGAGCCCACAGUUCCCGUACCCGCACCGCGACAGUCGAGUCCCACACCACAGGCAUCACAAGAACAGCCGACUCCCGCACCCGAACAGCAGUCAACGCCCGCAUCAGAAGAGCCUACGUCAGCACCAGAACCAGUAGUUCCUUCAGCAGAAGCACCGGUUCCAGCGCCGAGAACAGCGAGUCCUCCCCCACCGGAACAGACAACUCAAGGGCCAGCGGAACCAACUUCUGCUCAGUCAACGGAUUCAACGCCACAACAGAUCAGUGAAACACCCGAACAAUCAGUCCCUCAACAACCGGAAGCCCAGUCGACAGAAACUGUGGCAUCGAUUCCACCGGCGGAACAAACAACUGAAGCUGAAGUCCAUGUCGUCUCAUCGCCUGAAAAUGUCUCACAAACGGAACAAAUAGCAGAACAACCGACGCCUCAAAGUGAACAACCCGUGGCGCCUGUCCAACAGUCAGAACAAUCAGUUCCCGCCACAGAACAAGUGGUCCCAUCGCCACCAGAAGUGGAGACAACAGAGACGGUAACAAACGAGACAAUAACCGAAACUCAAAUCCCACCGCAA